AUGCGGGCAGCAGCGGCGGCAGCAGAGGGGAUGGAUGGGGAGGCGCGGCUGUCGACGGAGGAGGCGCAGAUCCGCUUGGAGGUGAUGAUUGAGGACCCGCGCGAGGUGGAGCGGCGGCGGCAGAUGGGCAUCGAGAAUGAAAUCGGUGCCCUCCCCAACCUUUCCCCCUCUAGUCCCCCCCUCCCUUUCCCCUCUCCCCUCCCUUCCUCAACCCCCACCUGCCCCUGCAGACUGCAGCGUCCGUUUGGUGCUUGUUUUAAGACAGCUAUGAACAUUUCCCUUUUUGCCCUCCCCUACGCUGCUCCCUCACCUCUCUCCCCCGCCUUCCCCUCCACCCCUCUCCCCCACCCUUCUCUCCCUACCCCUCUCCCCCACCCUUCUCUCCCUACCCUUCUCCCCCACCCUGUCAUUUCUCCCCACUCUGUCAUUUCUCCCCACCCUGGCAUUUCUCCCCACCCUGUCAUUUCUCCCCACUCUGUCAUUUCUCCCCACCCUGUCAUUUCUCCCCACCCUGUCAUUUCUCCCCACCCUGUCAUUUCUCCCCACCCUGUCAUUUCUCCCCAUCCUGUCAUUUCUCCCCACCUUGUCAUUUCUCCCCACUCUGUCAUUUCUCCCCACCCUGUCAUUUCUCCCCACCCUGUCAUUUCUCCCCACCCUGUCAUUUCUCCCCACCCUUUCAUUUCUCCCCACCCUGCUACCCUGCUAUUUCUCCCCUCCUUGUCAUUCCCUCCCCCCCCCCCCUGUCAUUUCUCCCCUCCCUGCUCCUCUCUUUCCUUCCCCCCUGCUAACCUUGUGUUUACGCCCGGCUCAGUCUUUCUUUUCCCCUUCUUACCCUUAGUUCCUCCCUCCUCACUCUUUUCUUUUCCCCAUGCUCUUUCUCUCACCAUCCUUGUCCCUAUGCCACUCGUUAUCUCACAAUCUGUUUAUGCUCCCCUGUCUGCUCAUUCACACCUUCCCUCUCCCUUAAGUGGUGCAGGUUGUCGAGCAUGA